UUUUGUUUUUUUUUUCCUGGAAAUCGCUAAAACUUUUAUUGUGUUUAAAUUAGUUAAAUUCUCUCUAAUUAGCGAAAUGGCAGACGAGGAGACAAGAGAGGAAAACACUGGUGAUAGAGGAGUCAAGAGGAAUUACGAGGAAUCUUCCGUUCAUACUGAAAUAGCUUCUGCUGAUCCUGUUGCGAAUGAUCGUACCGAUGGAGAUUCUCAAGGAAGCCAGAAGAAAUUGAAAAUUGACUGCAUUCAGGAGACAGAAGAGCCAGAAGAGCCAGAACAAACAAAACAUCAUAAAGACCCCACGCCUGAAUCACAGGAGAAACAAAUUCAGGAUCAAAAUGUUUUGUCGGAUGUCCUGGAAGCUCAGGAUUGUGAUCAAGCAAAAGAUCAUUCAGAGAAUGCCGCAGAAAUUAAUGCUGGAAGUUCUCCACAGGAAAGAGAAGUCGGAGAUAGGAAGGAUGUGCCUAAUCAGUCAGUUAUUGAAGAAGAACAACGAUCAUCAGGAUUAUCAGAACAAGUUCCGGAUGUUGCGGAUAAUGCAUUUAAUUUGCAACUCAUCAAAGCCGUGAAGAGGAAUCGUAGCUUAUACGAUCCAAAUGAUGCUAAUUACCUCAAUUUCAUGAGAAGGAAUCAAAUUUGGGAUAAAAUUGCGAGCCAAUUGCAGUCAUCAGGAGGUGUUUGUAAGAAGACAUAUGGAGAUCUUUAUCAGAAGUUUGUUAAGAACUUCACCAUCCUCAAUACUCCUGUAGAACACAAUCAAUCACCAUCCGCUACAAUUGAGAAGUUUCCCUACUUCAAUGAAAUGCUUUUCCUUGCGCCUAUGCUGAAGCUUUCGGAAUCGCAGCAUUUCUUUGAGACAUCCCAUCAUCGUGAAGGACGAGAUGAAGGAGUUCCCUUUCCGAAGCCCCCAAAACGGAAGAGAAUAAGAAUACCAAAGGAAUCUACACGAAUUGCCUUGGAGCGGAAGAAGGAGAAGAAGAUUAUGAGGGCUAUGCAGCAAAUUCAGAAGAUGGAACAGAAGCAGAAACCGGAGAAACAAAGCGUUGAAGGUUUGAAUGAAUAUCUCAAUCAAAUAAGGAGCCAGACAGAAGCUAGCCAGAUGAAUUCCCAAGCUCCAGAUGCAGCUCCUUUCCCUUUCGUUUUACCACAACUUGCUCAGUGUGAGCCAUACUUCUUGUACCGUCAUGGUGAGAAUUCAACAAAUCAGGAGGAUAAUGUGAUUGGAAAAUCAUUUGCAGAUGAUGUCCAGAUAAACGACAGAUGGGGAUUUGUGGAGAAUGCAGCAGAUGUGCAGGAUGGUUCAGGCAUUGAAUUCUUCUUCAUGGGUAUUGCACAGCAAGUUAAACAAGCCAAUUUGUAGUCCUAAUUUUUUCCAGACCCUAGUCUCAUGGCUAAAGGGUGGAGGGAAUGUGCGAGCUAAAUGUCCUAGGCGGUGGAUGUACGUGUGAGCGUCGUCCAUCAGCACGCUCCGGUAUGAGUCAGUCUCUCUCUGAGUUUCGUCGGGAGCGCAUGUGGGGCAUUUAGUUAGCCGUGCCCUACCGCUCAAAUAGACUUUCUAGGUAGCCCAACUUAAUUGGACUACAUAAUCAGAAGUGGGAUGAAGAUCCCUAAAGAAUCGCAGAAGUGAAACUGCGAGAAGUGAAAGUGAAAAGUGAGAAAUUGUGAAAAAAAAGUGAGAAAAGCUGCGCGGUCGGCGGAGCGACGCAAGAUGGCGGACAGCGGAAUUCUCGGAAAGAGAAUUUCUUUCUCAUCGAGCAGCGAGAUUUGCGGCAAGAGGCAACCAUCAAGGGCCCCAAAAAGGGAAACUGUGAGUAGAAACGGGGGGUGUUCUGCCCCCGGGGCACGCGGAUGAGACCAUCGCCGAAGAAAAAGUGGCGGAUGGGGUGCCCAUUGGUAAGAGAGAGAAAAUAAAUGGGAAAAAAAGAGAAUUAAAUACAUGCGCAUUUUCUUCAUUUUCUUAUGAAAAACUCUAUAUAUGUGUAUAUAUAUGUAAAUGUUGCAACAUGAUUUUCAUAAUUCUGUGUGAAUGAGUGUGUGUGUGCAUGAGAGAUCUCUCCGACACGAAUUAUUUCCGAUUGUUUUCGAUGACGUCACGUCAAACAGAAAUUUCGAGAAUUUAUGACAAAGUGACAAGUAGUUGCGCGGAAUUUCUUAUUUCUGGCAAUUUUAUCAGCAAAAUAUCGUGUGAAAAUCAAGGAGAAUUCCUAAAGGUAAACAAAAAGGGCGAUAAAAGCCGAGAAAUACGUGAAUUUUAUCCCAAUUUGGGUCAUUUGCAGUGAAUACUGUGUGCAGUGCAGGGCAACUGGUGAAGACACAUUGUGUGAAGAAGACGAAUUUUUGGGUUUUAUGCAAGAAAAAGGAACCAAAACAACAAUGACUACUCCUCCGACUCAACGUCCACGGCUCACUGCAGUGGAAAUGGAGGCUCUUAUCCCUGCGUUCGAACCUGGACAGAAAAACGGGCUUCUUGCGGAAGAGUGGAUCCGGAAAGUGGAUGAUGCCAUUGUCCUUUUUGAUAUGGACGCCAAACAAUCCCUGGUGGCUGCAGUGUUUCGGCUUAAAGGUGCCGCCAAGGAUUGGUAUGAAGGAAACCAAGGGAAUAUACGAUCGUACAGUGACUUCAAGAAGGAGAUUCUACUGAAUUUUCCGGAGAAGUUGUCCGUGGCACAAGUGCACCACGAACUGAAGUCAAGGAAGAAGAAAGAGGACGAGUCGAUCGAAGAAUAUUUCCACGCGGUAGUAAAGCAGGCCAGGAGAAUCAGACUGGAAGACGAUGCAAUUCGUGACUACCUAAUAGAGGGCAUCCCGGACACAAUGAUGCAGGGUCUGUUGACAGCAGCUCCACCUUCUUCUCUUACGGAGUUUCUGUGCUUUAUGAAGAAGGUACACACAAUUAUAAAGGACAAGAGUGGCAAUAAUUCCGAGGAGAAGAAGAGAUAUCAUCCGUACAAGAGAUGGGGUGGAAAGAAAGGAGCCAACGAUGCUGGGACGUCAGCCUCCGAGGCAGAAGAAAAGGAUUCCAUGGAGGAAAAAGAGGAAGAGAAGAAGAUAAACCCAGGAAAGCCACGAAAGCGACAGUGUUUUGCUUGCGGGUCAGAAGAGCACCUCGUCAAACAGUGCCCCAAACGCAAGGAUUUUCCGUAGGGGUGGUGCGGAGGCCCACCACCCAACCAAAUCAAGGUUUCCUAGUGAUUGUGCGAGUGGGAGAAAGAGAGACGAAUGCGCUGAUUGACCUCGGGAGAGUGGCGACACUGGUGGCUGAAUUCUUGGCAGAAGAGCUCAGAUGGAAUGUAACUUGUGAUCGGAAGGUAUUUUCAGGCUUUGGUGGAGGUUCGUGUACAUCCCUGGGGAGCUUGAACACCGAAAUGAUUGUGGAAGAAUUCCAGAGACCCUCAAACACGAAAUCGUUGAGACAAUUCCUCGGAUUGUCGGGUUAUUUUCGACGAUUUGUGCCCGCUUAUUCCAUGAUUGCCAAGUCAUUGUGAUCUACAAAAGAGUGAAGUUUAUGAAUGGAAGGCAGAACACGAAGAAGCGUUCAACAAGUUGAAACAAAUUCUUUCGCAUUGGCCUCUUUUCACCUUGUUUGACCCGGACUUAGAACGUGAGCUGCAUUGCGAUGGGUUCAGCUGCGGUAUGGGGUCAGUGUUGAUGCAGGUGGAUACAAGUGAAGAUGCCCGACCGGUGGCAUAUUACGGCAGAGUGACUAGCAAGGAGGAGGCUAAAUAUUCAAGCUUUCGAUUGAAGACGUUGGCAGUAGUAGAUGGUUCGAAGCGAUUUCGAUACUACUUGCUGGGGCAUCACUUCAAAAUCUUAACGGACUGCUAUGCCCUCAAACGAGUGCAUGAAAAGCGAGAUGUGUCACCACGAAUGACUCGUUGGUGGGUGGAAAUCUUGAAGGAUGAUUUUGAGUUGUACUUCUGCAACGGAUGCCACAUGGCACGUGCCGACUUUUUCAGCCGGAAUGCCCUGGAGUCAGAUCCGGGAAAUAGAGAAGCGAUCUGCAUAAAUCUCCUUGUUCCUCGCAUGGAUUGGGUAGAGGCAUUGCAGACCCAAGAUGGAGACAUUGUGCAAUUAAGGAAGGUUUUAGAUGUAGUGUUCCAUGAGCACGUGAAUAAGGAAAAUGUUUUGGCCUCCUAUGAAGUGAUCGGUGAAAGAGUCUUCAGGGAAACACCCCAUGGGCCAAAAUUCUACGUUCCGAGAGGCGUGCGAUACAACAUCACGCAAUUGUGCCAUGAUAAAAAUGGGCACGCAGCAUACGAACGUACGCUGGUGCACAUACAAAGGGAUUUCUACUGGCUACGGAUGUGGGCAAUGGUGCAAAGAGAUGUUGAUAGCUGCAUUAAUUGUUGUCAGGCGAAACGGGGUAAAGAUGAAAUUCGCAUUGAGCUGCAUUCACGCGGGAAGUCCCCGAUCCCAUUCAAAGUGAUACAGUGGGACCACAGUGGGCCUAUCCCGAAAUUUGCAGGAGGUUGCGAGUAUGUCCUCAUCGCUAUAGAUGCAUCUACCAAAUUCAACAUCUUGAGGCCAGUGCAAUCCGCGGGUGUGGUGAAAAUGUUGAAGGAACUUAGCCAGUUCGUGGGCUUCCCAGCGGUGAUUGAGUGCGAUCGAGGCUUUGCAUUUAUCUCGGAAGCCUUUGAGGAAUUCUGUGCCGAACGUGACAUCAUGCAGGCUCUAAUUGCGAUGAAGACGCCCAGAACGACUGGACAAGCAGAUUGUGUUCGGAUCGUAGGGGAGGCUUUGAGAGUGAUGUGUGCGACAGAGAAUGGAAUUGACUGGUAUAAAAAUUCACUGGUGAUUCAAUGGUAUUUGAACACGUCAAAGAAUCGAAUUAUCGGACUCUCUGCAAAAGUUUCUGUUCGGAUUACGGCCAAGACAUUUUGGGGAAUACCCUGGCAAAUGCGGUAAUGGACGAAGCUGAUACCAGCGAUCCCAUUGUGAGUCUGGGGCAAAUUCGUGAAGUCGCAGCACGCAGGGUACAGGGGCUAAAGGAAACCCAAGUGGCAAAAUGCAACGCAAUUCGUCAGGGGCCGCAGAGAUGCGCUGAGAAGGAAUUUGUGUUAGUAAGGUGGGACACCACUGGCUUUAGCCAGAAGUUGCUGGGGCGACACCGAGAACCGUACGUGAUCGGUGGGGUGUUGAGAAUUGAUCGCUAUUUGGUGAAGGAUACUUCCACCACGCAGCUCUCUAACAAACCCUUUGAAUCCGUAGGUGUGGCGGAUGAAAUCAAGCCAUGAGCUGAUAAGGGAGAGCUAGAAGCGGUGGAAUAUGAAUAUGAAGAUGUGUACAAGAAAUAAAACCCCUUUCUAGGUAUUUGGAAUAAAUUUUGGUGAAGUUAACUGAACAUCUUCUGAGUACGUUAAUCGUGCGUGAGGACUUUAAGUCUGAGUCAUUCUAACCCCUGUCAUUUUCUCGAGAACAUCCUAAGUCGAAUAAUUGAAACAGAAAAGAUGGAAAAUUCUCGUGGGGUUAGCCUCUUGUGAGAGGGUGUCGCUAUCUUGGCACAAGCAUUUUCCUUGGGAGGGUACUUGGAGUCACAGUAGCGGGGAAUUAUUCUUCUAAUCGAGUUUGCUGCAGUAGUGGUGGGUUGGAUAAAAGAAGAUGAUUCCGUGUUCAAUGGCAUUUACGGUGAAUGUCGUUGGUGCUGGCAAUUAUGCCGUGUUAUCCACAUAAUUGUGGGAAAGGUCUUGUGUCAUACCAUCCGUGGGUGGAGAUUCACUGACCGUGGAUCAGUAAAUCUGAUCAUUUGGCAAUCUUGCCGUGUCGACUGCGCUGUGGUACGGUCGGGUCGAUUUAUUCGACUGUGGAUCAGUCAAUCUGGUCGUGUAAGGACAGCCGAGCUGAUGUGGGGAAAGAACGGAUUACGGGUGAGGUGGCGUGUUCCAAAACUGUGGACUCACUACGCUCAUCGGUGACAAGGGACGUCACCACAUCAGUAUGGCCGAAUGUAGUCCUAAUUUUUUCCAGACCCUAGUCUCAUGGCUAAAGGGUGGAGGGAAUGUGCGAGCUAAAUGUCCUAGGCGGUGGAUGUACGUGUGAGCGUCGUCCAUCAGCACGCUCCGGUAUGAGUCAGUCUCUCUCUGAGUUUCGUCGGGAGCGCAUGUGGGGCAUUUAGUUAGCCGUGCCCUACCGCUCAAAUAGACUUUCUAGGUAGCCCAACUUAAUUGGACUACAAAUUUGACACGCAAUCAAUUCAAAAACUUGCAGAUGAUCAUCACCAAUGUCCUCUCUUCAAAACUUUCCUAAAUCCGGGAAUUAUUUUCUUUCAAUCUUUAAAAAAACAACAAUGAACUCCUUUUGAAUUUUUAUUCAAUUUUAGAACCUGUUCUAAUAUCUUGAAAAUAAUGAAAUUAAUUUACAAAUUUUCAUUCUCAAA